UAUGCACAAAGGCACUACAAGAUGUCAAGAACAUAACUACACUACAAACAUUAAUUAGUCAUAAAAAUGGUAACCAAAUUGAGAUCACUCUGCUUUAUUGCAUUUAUACUAUUGUUAACAUUGGUCUCAAGAGGAAGUGCUCAAGAUAAUUCUUGCUUAAACAAGCUUGCACCUUGCUUAAACUACCUCAAUGGAACACAAGACCCACCUGAUAGUUGUUGUGAUCCACUCAAAUCUAUGAUUAAAUCAGAUGCAACAUGUUUGUGUAGCUUAGCAAGCAACAAAGGCACAAGGCAAGCUGAACAAGCUGGCAUUAAUGUUAAUGAUUCUCAAAAUUUGCCUGGGAGAUGUGGCCAACAUGUUAAUCCAUUGUCAUGCCUUACAAACUCUCCAACAAGUGGUAUCAGCGUCAUAAUUCGGCUUGGUGGAGGAGUGAGAGUGGAUCCUGGUUUUAGAUUCUUGUAUCGAAAGUCUUCCUGACAGUGUAGUUAGGAGACGCGUGACGUUGGUAAUAAGGGUGAUACAAGUAUAGGAUGUAAUAGACUCACGUUUGAGUGAGAGAAUGUUGGAUUCAAAUGUGAGUGAUUAAGUAUCAUAUUGACUAUGAAUAAGUUAAAUAUUGAAUAUAUAAGAGUAGUGAUCCAUAUACCUACUGGCUUAAGGUUUUUGGUGAAGAUGUGGUGUCAAAGUAUUUUGCAGAUCCGAAAUCAUUUGUUGAACAUGAUUACCAAUUUUAUGAGAUUUUUGUAUUUUCAGGAUUUCUG